AUGCUGCCGCCAUCUUGUGCGUGCAGCUACAGCCAGCCAGGCCAGCCAGGCGGGCGAACGGACCCCUUCGGCUGCCUCCCCGGCCUGUGAGGGAGACGCGGCAGCUGCUGCCGGAGGAAGGAGAGGACGCCCGACUGGUUCUCGGCAGUGGCGACGACGUCACGACGACGACGAGGGAGGCAGCCUCCUCCGCCUCCUCCAUUUAUUUUAUUUUUUCCUCAUCCCGACGCCCCCCUCCCGCGGGGGGGUUUAUGUUGCUGCGCCGGGUGAGGAUGAACGGAGGAUAAAUGGUGCCCAAGGCAGACAGCGGCACCUUCCUCCUCCUCUUCCUCCUAGUGCUGAGCAUCACCGAGCCGUUGCGGCCAGGUGCAAGACAACUUGCAGGUGCGCGACUUCUUUCAGAACUGCGCUGCAUCCCAGGGCAAUUUGCUUGCCGCAGUGGUUCCAUCCAGUGCAUCCCAUUGAACUGGCAGUGUGAUGGCUGGCCCACCUGUGAGGAUGAGAGCGAUGAAGUUGACUGCCCAAAUUUUACCGGGGACCAGCGAACGUACUACGGGAAGGAGAAUGUGGAUUCCAGGCACAAUCGUGGAAGAGGAGGGGACAUGACCCGCUUUCACACGGUCAACGUGGCACAGCCAGUCCGGUUUAGCAGUUUCCUAGGGAAGUGCCCGUCAGGAUGGCAUCACUACGAGGGCACUGCCAGUUGCUACCGGGUGUACUUAAGCGGUGAGAACUACUGGGACGCCGUCCAGACCUGUCAGAGGGUGAACGGGUCCCUGGCCACCUUUACCACCGACCAGGAGCUCAAGUUUAUCUUGCAGCAAGAGUGGGACUCAGAAGAUAAAGCCUUUGGGAGGAAGGACCAGAGUAGGCUCUGGGUUGGAUAUCAGUUUGUCAUCACCAACCGAAAUCAUUCGCUAGAAGGCCACUGGGAAGUUGCUUAUAAAGGUUCGUCAGAAGUAUUUUUGCCGCCUAACCCUACCUUUAGUACAUCUGUGUCUGAAAGCGAAAACAUCCUCUGCGCCCAGUUUCAGUAUGCCCACUUCCCAUCCCUUCGACACCAUGGCUUUCACAGCUGGUAUGCUGAAAACUGCUACGAGAAAUCUUCGUUCCUCUGCAAAAGAAGCCAAACCUGUGUAGAUAUUAAAGACAACAUUGUCGACGAAGGCUACUAUUUCACCCCAAAAGGAGACGACCCCUGUUUAAGUUGCACAUGUCACAAUGGCGAGCCGGAGAUGUGCGUGGCAGCCCUGUGUGAGCGGCCACAGGGCUGUCAGCAGUAUCGCAAAGACCCCAAGGAGUGCUGCAAGUUCACGUGUUUAGAUCCUGAUGGCAAUAGUUUAUUUGACUCCAUGGCGAGCGGCAUGCGCCUCAUUGUGAGCUGCAUCUCUUCCUUCCUUAUUUUGUCCCUCCUACUUUUCAUGGUUCACCGGUUGCGGCAGCGACGCAGGGAGCGCAUUGAGUCCUUGAUUGGAGCAAACCUGCACCAUUUCAACUUGGGUCGCAGGAUGCCCGGUUUUGAUUACGGCCCAGACGGUUUUGGGACUGGACUCACCCCGUUGCAUCUUUCUGACGACGGGGAAGGUGGGGCGUUCCACUUCCAUGACCCUCCACCGCCAUACACGGCUUACAAAUAUCCAGAUAUUCAACAUCCGGACGACCCACCUCCACCUUACGAGGCUUCCAUUAACCCAGACAGCAUCCUUUGUUCUCCCCCAGAUGGAGUCCAUUCCCAGACGGGCCCGAGCAACCAGCUCACACUAGGCAACGGCGAUGCCUCUCCACCCCUGACCGAGGAAUCUCUUCCGCUCUCUGUCGGACCUUCCCCGGUGGAGCUGGAAGACUCUGCCGACAGCAGCACCCUCCUCGUGCCUCCCGAUACGCCCUUAAGCGAAAGCACACCGGCAGAGACGCUUUCAGGCAGCCACCACAGUCACUGUUCUCUGAAUACCAUUGUAUAAAGGGGAAAGAAGAUCUUACUGCCAGGCAGAAAAAAAAUUUUGAGCAGCUGUUUGCACACCAGAUGUACAGACGGACAGUCAUGGACUGAACUUUGGAAAUAAGCUCCACUUUUUUUUUUUUUUUUUUUUUAGGGGGACACUACUUUUAUGUUCUAGUUUUAGAAUUGUGCGUCUUGGCUAUUGCAGUCAUUCUCCAGUCUGAUUGGGUUCCUCUCUUCUUUUUCUUUUAAAAGGAUUAUGGAAACUGCACCAUUUCCACUAGGUAUGGAAAGAGUCUGCAGGAUGUUCUUUUUUUUUUUUUUUAAAUCAUCAUCAUCACAACUUUUUUUGUUUAUAAGGAGGAAUAAAAUCAUGGAUCUGCCUCUUCCACUUCCCUUGUAAAUCACGGAAAGGAAAACCAUGAGAUGUACAUUGGAUGAGGAAGUUUCUUGAAUUUUGUGUGUGUGGGGGCUACAGGAUCUUAGAAAAGCAGAAGGUUACAGAGUGGCCAGCUGCUGUGAAGUCUCUUUGUCUCCCUCCUGCCCCCCAAGCUCAAAUGUAUGUUCGUCGAGCCUAGAAGAUUGGACUCUGGUGCUGCCGGGGCUCUCUUUCAUCAAAAGGCAGAGAAAUUCCCCCUUCUUGGCAGAUAGAACUGUGAACCAAAGGAGAGAGAGGCAGCUGGGCGCUGGGUACAGCUUUAGAUCUUCACGUUCCUUCUGCCACUGCCUCGAAUGAGGGACUGUGAGGAUAAAGGGGGGUUGCUGGACGCUGUGCUGAAUGUGGGGCACUGAGAUCUAAAUGUGGCGGGGUGGGUGGGUUGCAGAGAACCUGAUUUCUUCGCUGUAAAACUGUAAGUCUUGGCUGUGGCUGUUUAAACUCUGUGACCCACAAACACAGUGGGCUUCUACACACGCACUGUGCAUUUUUCAGGGACUGGGGUUUGGGGAAGAGAUGGUGUGGUGGUAGUAACUCCAUAAAGACUCAGUUAAUUGGUCCAGUUUGAUCAGGAUCACUCCCCCCACCACAUUUCAUUCCAAGUAACUUCCUUGGGUAGCACAGCAGUGAGUAUUGUGGUUACGCAAUAGUUACUGCUGUCACUGAGUGUGAAUCAAAACGUUCUGUAGGCAGGUGGCUUUUUUCUACCCACCACCCCUUUGGUCCCCGGCAUGGACAAAGUUGUCAUGGGUGAAUGUUGCUGAAGUCUGUGAACCCAAGGCACAGUAUGCAUUUAUAUCGCCAGGUAAUCGUGUGCCAGAUGUAUUCUGAAUGGGAGUGAUGCUCCCCCCCUGCCUCCCCUCCCCCAAGAGGUUUGUCUCCAGUUUGAAAAGGUGAGUUUUGUUCAAGAGAUCUCCAAAGAGGGCUCAUAAAUACAGAGGAGAUUCUCAAGUGAGCAGAGAGGAGCUCACUCCUUGCUAGCUGGUCCCCAGCUGGAGAGAAUGGCCAGGGUUAGUUGGAGAAGGUUGAGCUCCACAUCCUUCAGGGAUGUGUUCCUCUUGCCUCACAAAAUGCAGGAAAGCCAAGAGGGACAGGAAAGGAACAUGCAGGUGUGUGUGUGCGGGGCUUGUGGUCUCUAGCCUUCAGCUGGCUAGCCAACCUGAUGCAGUCCCCAGCUUGUCCAAAGUGUUUUCCCUCUUCAGCUACUUUUGAAUUUGGUAGCGGCAGGUGGGUUGGCCACGGUUCCUCACUUAGAUUUGUGACUGCAUCCACCAUGGAGGCUGGGUUUAAAAGAGGUUGCUGCUUUGUAUGCAGAAGAUCCCGAUCCUUGACAUCUCCGGAUGGGAAAACCAGCUUGGAAAAACCCCGCUCCGAAAUUCUGGAGAGCUGCUUGCCAGUCAAAUAGAUGAUACUGACUCGCUGGGCUACUGGUCUGAGUGUAGAUGAGGCAACGUAUGUUCAUGGUAUCUAUCAAAGGAAACAAUCAUAAACCGAUUGAAGACAAUUUGCCGUGCAACAAUCGUGCGAAUAUUCAAUAACAUUAGAGAAUUGCUGAUGAGAAAAUUCCCUCUUUGGAGGGGGGGGGGAGGGUGCUAUUGCAGACACGGCCCUUUUGGCUGACAUAGGGUAGAAUCACAGAGUGGCCCCUCUCCCACAGCCCAGUGGCGCUCUUUGCCGUUGCCCCAAGGGGGAUAACUACAAGGAAACCAGUCUUGUAAAAGGACCUUGUGGAAUGGCAGAAUGUUCCCCCCCUACCACCACCUCAGGCUAGUCAUUUUGCAUGGCGGCCAGUGAGAGCCAGAGCUGAUGCCACCACAAGAUGCAAGCCCAUGUCUUUCUCUGCUCUGGUUAGUUGCAGAAAUUGCCACACAAUUGGAGAAAAGCCAGUUCCCCAGAUUCUCUCUCUCCUCCCUCCCUGGCCCCAGGAUGCCUCAAACCAGUGGUGCAGGGUAAAGGGUGCCAUCCUUUAUCCAGAGGACUCGCAGCUACUUCUGCCCUUCUCAGCUGUGAGUCCUGGUGUGGAUGGGCAGCUGUGGCCACAGGUACGUGUUCCUCGUCGGACGAUGCUGAGAGUUUCUGAAGCAUGAGAAAUAAAAGCGGGUUAUGUGCAUUUUUAGCACACUCAUAAGUUUUAUACAUUUUACGUACUGACUUUAGUUUUAUAUGUAUGUGUGUGUGUGUUUGUGUGUGAGGUGCUGAUUAUACCUAUGUUUACAGUAGCUUGUUAUCUCAAGCAGAGCACAACAGCAGCACGUGAUAGGAAGCUGAUCCCUCCCCCCCAGGCUGCAGUGCUGGACCUUGGAUUUGUUGUCCAAUGGGUCUGGGAACAGAAGCGUAGUAUGGCACCCAGCCGACCGUACCAUCAAGUCUUUCAGUAGCAGAGCUCAGUUGGGUUUCAUUUGCUUGGAUUUGAACAUUCAUUUUUACCGGCGGCUUCCCUAUUUAGGUGUGGCGGUUUUGCUUAAUAACCCAAGCAUUUGAACCGGUCAUCGUAUGCAACCAGGCCUCCCUGUGUAUUGCACCCUGUGCCUUUGCAACCUGCACAGUUGCAAGGCUGUAAGGCAGGUGUGGGGAACCUUUGGCUGAACUAUAGGAGAUACUGUUCAGCAACAUCUGGAAGACUAAAGGCUCUCCAGGUCUGCCGCACCUGGAGCCAUUAAAAGGGUCCCUUUGCAGCUUCUUUAAUCUCUACUUUUCCCCAAGAGCCAACAUCGAUGUAUAAUUUUUUAAUCUGUUGUUCUGAUCUUCAGUACAGUUUUGUUCUUGUGUCGCUUCUGAUAAGAACAUAAGAAGAGCCUGCUGGGUCAGGCCGGUGGCCCAUCUAGUCCAGCAUCCUGUUCUCACAGUGGCCAACCAGGUGCCCGGGGAAAGCCCGCAAGCAGGACCUAAUAAGAACAUAAGAACAUAAGAAGAGCCUGCUGGGUCAGGCCGGUGGCCCAUCUAGUCCAGCAUCCUGUUCUCACAGUGGCCAACCAGGUGCCCGGGGAAAGCCCGCAAGCAGGACCUAAUAAGAACAUAAGAAGAGCCUGCUGGAUCAGGCCAGUGGCCCAUCUAGUCCAGCAUCCUGUUCUCACAGUGGCCAACCAGGUGCCCGGGGAAAGCCCGCAAGCAGGACCUAAUAAGAACAUAAGAAGAGCCUGCUGGAUCAGGCCAGUGGCCCAUCUAGUCCAGCAUCCUGUUCUCACAGUGGCCAACCAGGUGCCCGGGGAAAGCCCGCAAGCAGGACCUAAUAAGAACAUAAGAACAUAAGAAGAGCCUGCUGGGUCAGGCCGGUGGCCCAUCUAGUCCAGCAUCCUGUUCUCACAGUGGCCAACCAGGUGCCCGGGGAAAGCCCGCAAGCAGGACCUAAUAAGAACAUAAGAACAUAAGAAGAGCCUGCUGGAUCAGGCCAGUGGCCCAUCUAGUCCAGCAUCCUGUUCUCACAGUGGCCAACCAGGUGCCCGGGGAAAGCCCGCAAGCAGGACCUAAUAAGAACAUAAGAAGAGCCUGCUGGAUCAGGCCAGUGGCCCAUCUAGUCCAGCAUCCUGUUCUCACAGUGGCCAACCAGGUGCCUGGGGGAAGCCCGCAAGCAGAACACUCUCCCCUCCUGAGGCUUCCGGCAACUGGUCUUCAGAAGCAUGCUGCCUCUGACUAGGGUGGCAGAGCACAGCCAUCACGGCUAGUAGCCAUUGAUAGCCCUGUCCUCCAUGAAUUUGUCUAAUCUUCUUUUAAAGCCAUCCAAGCUGGUGGCCAUUACUGCGUCUCGUGGGAGCAAAUUCCAUAGUUUAACUAUGCGCUGAGUAAAGAAGUACUUCCUUUUGUCUGUUCUGAAUCUUCCAACAUUCAGCUUCUUUGAAUGUCCACGAGUUCUGGUGUUAUGAGAGAGGGAGAAGAACUUUCUCGGGAGUAAGGGUGUUGCCAGAUGGACUAGGAAGGCAGCAUAGCAAAUGGGAGAAUCAAACUGCAGUGCUAAUUAGUAUCUGAGGUACCAAUCCCCCCCAUUUCCAUAUCACUACUAUUGCUGGGCAAACACUUGUCCAACUGGCUUUUCCUUUCCCUGCUUAUUUUUUAAUACUGUUUUGCCCCUUUUUGUUUUUGGGAAAGCUGAUUUAGCUGUAAAAGUUCUGCAUGCCACUGCCGCGAAUCUCUGAUUUGGGCUAUUAGUCUUUAAUUGCCACAUCAGCACAUAAAUGUGCCCAGCGGUUAAUCUUGGAGCUGCAGGGAGGGUAUCCUUUGCCAUGAACAAAGAUGGUGAAUAUUCCUGUGCUUUUGUAGCUUCUGGUAGCAAAUAGGUGAAAGAAAAGUGUGUAUAUGGAACCCUGAUGCCGCGUUACUUUACAGCAGGUGUGGGGGCACCUUUGGCCCUCCAGAUGUUGCUGAAUUACAACUCCUGUCUUCCCUGGCCACGCAUGCUAGCGCUGGUGGGAGUAGUCCUUUAGCAAUAUCUGGAGGGCCAAAGAUUCCCCACCCUUUAUAGGGGAUUGUUAUGCUUUUGUUGGGCCUUCUGAGUAAAAUACUCUUGUUCCGUUCAUUUGAAUGUGAAAGUUGGCUGCUCUAGUCUCCCCUGCUUAAAAUAAAUCAGAUCAUAAAUGGCUUGAGUUUGACUGGAUCGCAGACCUUUGUUUCCCCUGCCUCUGCUCCCUUGUCGGUGCUGCAUUAUUGAAUGCAGAAGCUCGUGUUUGGUAUGGGACCGGGACCUUGUUCCUAAAUGUGCAUGUUUGGAAGUAUUGCUCCGUUGACUUCUGCUUCUUGUGAGAUAGAUGAUUGCGUAGGGUUUCUAUAUCAUCCCUCAAUUUCGACAGUUAGAAAGGCUAGUUGCCCGGAGGUGGCGCUGCACAUCCUCAAUUCAUUUUGACAGGACUUGCAGGCAGGAGUGGUGGGUGGGAUGGAGAAGGUGUAGGGAGCUGCCCUGCCACUAUUUACCAGACUCUCUGUCCUUGGGCAGUUUGAACUCCAGCCGACUCAAGAAGCAAAGGCAAGCCAGUAUCAGGUGUGUUCUGAGAUGGAUUCCUUUGGCGGUUAAGGGGAUGUCCUCUUGUCGAUGCAAAGAACGCACUUCACAUGUUAAAUCUGAGCUUUUUAUUAUGGGAAAACGUCCAAAGGGAAGAGCCAUAACUCAGUGGUAGAGGGUGUGCUUUGCAUGUGAAAGGUCCAACGUUCAAGCCUAAUAUAUCCAUGUAGGAAUAGGAAAGGCUCCGAUUGGUGUUGACCAGAGGUAAGAACCUUAUAGCCUUCGAAGAUGUUGCUUGGCUGCAGUUCCCAUCAUCCCUGACUGUUGGCCAUAAUGCCUGGAGCCAGUGGGAGGACCUCAAGAACAUCUGGAGGGCUACAUAUUCUCCACCCCCUUGAUGUAGACAAUUCUGGGUUCGAUGGACCAAUGAUUUGACUUGGCAUAAGGCAGCUUUCUGUGUUUAGAUCUCUUUAUUAUGCUUUUAUGUUAUAGGCUGAAUGCCAGGCUUCCUAUAUGCUUGGGAGAUACACUCUGUGUGUGUGUGUGUGAGAGAGAGAGAGAGAGAGGGGGGGAGAGAGAGAGAGAGUACAAGGCAAGAAAUUAGACUUCUUAUUCCCUUUUCUUAGAAAAUCACUUUCAGCCAAGGCUGUGUCUGCUGACCUCCCCUUCUCUGUCAUUGAUCUGUGACUGGAUUAAAUUGUGGCACGUGUGUGUGUGUGUGUGUGUGUGUGUGUGUGUAAAAAGAUUUUGAUAUUCCAUGAAAUACUAUGUAGAAAUUUGAUACUGUAAGAAGUCGGUCCCUGUGACAUUUUUUGUUUUAAUGUUUUGAUUUUUUUUUUUUUUUUAGGAGAAAGAGAGGGUGGGAUGGGAUGAUACUAAUCUUUUAUUUUUCUCAAGAUGCUGUGAGAGACAUUUCAUCCAAAAUGCCAAAUAAAUUGUGUUCUGUAAAGAACAA